AUGGACGAUGUGGCAGUUCCCGAUGCUUGGGAAAGGUACAAGGAGCUAUUAAGAAAAUGUCCUCACCAUGGCAUUCCAUACUGUAUACAGCUUGAGACAUUUUACAAUGAGUUAAAUCUCACUGCAAAACAAAUGCUCGAUGCUACAUCAGGUGGAGCUUUCAUGGCUAGUACCUAUAAUGAUGGAUAUGAUAUCCUUGUAAAGAUUUCAAAUAAUAAUGGACAUUGGGCCGACCCACGUGCACUAGUACCACACAAAACAGCGGGAGUUCAUGACGUAGAUGCUUUUACAGCAUUAACGGCUCAGAUGACUGCAAUGACCAAUUUGAUUAAAAAUUUAAAAAAUGGUCAAGCAGCACAAACCAUAGCCACCGCGCAUGCUCCAACUGUUGAGUCAGUACAAUGUGUGUACUGUGGUGGAGGACAUCCCUUUGAUCAUUGUCCAUCCAACUCCGAAUCAGUCAAUUAUGUUGGGAAUGAAAAUAGAUCAGGACCAUUUUCUCAAACGUACAAUCCUGGGUGGAGACAACACCCAAAUUUUUCAUGGCACAAUCCUGCUCUAAACCCACCAAUGAACAAACUCCAAGGGACUUCACAAUUCCAACCAUAUCAGUCUCAACAACAUCAUCAGAGUCAAGCCCCAGCCCAUCACCAAAAUACCUUUCAUCAACAAGCAAAUCAGUCAUCUUUCCAAAACAAGUCUAACCACCAAGCCGAAUCUUCUACUUCUUUGGAAGCAACUCUGAAAGGAUUCAUAAACCAAACCAACGCAGCCAUGAACCAUCAAAACACUGCCAUAAGAUCUCUAGAAAUACAGAUUAGUCAACUUGCACUAGAGGUAAGAAAUAGACCUGCAGGUACUCUUCCUAGUGAUACAGAGAUCCCAAAGUCCAUCAUGAAAGAACAUGUGAAGGUAGUGACUUUAAGGAGUGGAAAGAACCUCGUAGAGAGUGAACCUAUGAAAAAGACUGUUGAACCACAGGACCCAGUUGAGAUGGAUGUCACAACAUCUAGUUCAGAUAUUGUCACACCCACCUUAAAAGAUAAGGGAAAAUCAAUAGAAAUAGGACCACUUCCUGAGAAAGUAGACUUUCCCUUGUUAUUUCCAAAUGAAGGCAAAAAGAAGGUAUCAUUUCAGGAUGAUAUUGGAACUUCUUCUUCUGAAAGUAACAAGAAAGCAGAGUUACCAGUCCCUCAUAGUGAACCUAUCAUCAUCCAAGCACCCCCUAGUCAGUCCUCCAAGAAAUCAGUCAUAGCUCAUGUUCCUCCUUAUAUACCUUUUCCACAAAGGUUGAGGAAUCAAAAAGAGGAGCUACAGUUCAAGAAGUUCCUUGAUGUGUUCAAACAGCUACAUAUCAACAUCCCGUUGGUUGAAGCUAUUGAACAAACGCCAAGUUAUGCAAAAUUCCUCAARGACAUUUUGAGCAAGAAAAAGAAGCUGAACGAAUUUGAAACUGUGGCCYUAACUGAAGGUUGUAGUGCCCUCCUUUCCAACAAAAUUCCCCCUAAACUCAAAGAUCCCGGGAGUUUCACAAUUCCCUGUUCAAUAGGUGGGAAGGAAAUUGGAAAGGCUUUGUGUGAUUUAGGUGCCAGCAUUAACCUCAUGCCCUUGUCAGUGUUCAAUACCUUAGGAAUAGGUGAGGCUAGACCAACCACAGUUACCCUUCAGUUAGCAGAUAAAUCCAUAGCUCAUCCAAAAGGAAAAAUUGAGGAUGUGUUAGUCCAAGUGGAUAAAUUCAUUUUUCCCGCUGACUUCAUCAUUCUUGAUUUUGAAGCUGAUAAAGAAACACCAAUCAUCUUAGGAAGACCAUUCUUAGCAACUGGUAGGACUUUGAUUGAUGUUUAG